UUUGUGCAUUUGGGCGGAGCAUUGUUUGUAGGUUGUGCCGAUCCUCAACAGGUGGAUGGCUUUCUCGUCGUUUGUCAGCGCAUGGUUUGCGAAGUUAUGCAAUUGCAAGCGCCCUUUGCACGAGGCCACCGCAUACACUCCGCAAAAAUGCGUCAAAGAUCCACCGCCCAACCCUAGAUGCACCAAGACGAGUCAGGUCCAGGAGAUUCAAAUCGACAAGAUGACGGCAGUGCCAGCUGACCUCUAUAAGAAGAUGGUGGUGGCAGGGAGCCGUGCAAGGGCAAGAGGACAGCACUCUUUGAAGGCCAAACCCCGGACCUUUGUCGAUAUGAGACAUCCGAACCGCUCUUUUGAGCCGAGCUUGGUCAGGAACAAAUCAUACUAUGGUUGAUCCACUCGGCAGAUCUUGCCUUCUAGGGGCCUCUACGCUCAGAAUGGAUGGCGCCAAGAAUCCACGGGGGCGGUAAUACGACUUUGGCCAAUUGGGCUGAUCGAACGCCUCCACUGAGUUCACGCGAUUGGUGCGUCACUGGACUAGAGAGGGGUCUCAUCAGAGUGAUAAUUUUUGAGACGACCGCGCCUGUAAGGCACAGAGAGGAACC